AUGGUGCACAGCAGGCGUGUUCUUGCUGAGGGUUCAACAUCUUAUAAAUGCCCUGCUCCAGGCUGCAUUUGCACAUUCGGUACUACACAAGGACUGAAUUCUCAUCUACGCAAUGCUGCAAGUUGUAAAUGGUAUAAGCUAGGGAAGGGAAGAGAGCUGGAUAGGGUGGAUGAGGAAGGUAUGGAGGGACUACCAGAUGGGAUAGCAGAUGAGGUGGAAGAUGAUUUAUUUCAGUUGAUACCUCUGGGGCCAGAUAACCAGGAGCAGGGAGAGCCCGUAGCCGGUCCUUCUACUAGUAGGCAUAGAACCGCUUUAGCAGAGGAGGAAGAUGCGCGUGUCACAGAGACUCAUCCUACUGCUGGGAGGGUCAUACGAAUGGAGGAGACAGUGCAUGCUAAAUGGCGGACACAAUUUGGAUCAGGUGAUGGAGAAGAGGCGGAAUCAGACUGUUCUGAUGAAGAUGAAGAUGGUAAUUUAUUCUACCCCUUUGCAUCAUGUCUGGACUGGCAGGUAGGGUGUUGGGCUGUGCAAGAGGGAAUAGGACACAAAGCAUUUGACAGGUUGUUUGCUAUACCAGGUGUUAGAGAGCGUUUAGGACUUGCAUAUUAUAAUAUCAGAGGACUCCAUCAAACCAUAGACAGCAUCCCUCCUCGAGCUAAAUGGCAAUCAACUUACUUGGCCUUCAAUGAUACACUGGACUAUAAGCAUGAACUACACUACCGAGAUCCAUUGGAAGCCAUUCAGACAUUGCUGGGCAAUCCUGCUCAUGCUCAAGAUAUUGUCUAUAAGCCUUCAAAAAUAUUUACAGAUGCUUCUCAUUCUACAUGCAUAUAUAAUGAAAUGUGGACAGGGCGUUGGUGGCAUGCAGUCCAGGUGAGCGUCUCAAUAUUGACUACACUUCUUUAA